AUGAAGUUCUCUGGUCUCUCUACCGCUCUCGUCCUUCUAGCUUCUGGCGCUGCCGUGUCUGCUACUCAGACCGUUACCGUCACCACCUACGCGCCAGUUCCAACCCCUCCUCCCGCAAGCCAGUGCAACACCGGGGCUCUCUGGUGCUGCAAUAAUACUCAGGCUGCAAGCGGAAGCAUCAUUGCCCCCCUCCUCGCUCUCCUUGGCAUUGUCGUUGACCCCGUCACUGCGCUCCUUGGGUCUGGCUGCACCUCCAUCAACUUCCUCGGUAUCGGCACAGGUGGCAUGUGCACCGCUCAGCCCGUUUGCUGCCAGAAUAACAACUUCUCUGGACUCGUUGUCAUCGGCUGCACCCCCGUUACUCUUGGUGUCUAA